AUGCUGAGCAGAGACCCACUUUCUCAGCCCCGCUCCACUGUGUUGUCUUUUCGCCAACUGACCAGGCUGAAGCAGCAGCAGGAGAGACUGCAGGAACGCCUGCCUCUGGAGGCAGGCGUAAGGGACAGACUGCAUUUUCGCAAAGCAACCCAAGGGGUCACAGCAGCCCCUACGCAGACAAGCGGAAUCGCAGCCCUAGACUGUGCAUUUAGGCACUUGCCCCGCCCAGAGCGCGCUCGUGGCCACGCCCCUACCCUGGAUCCUUCCUUUGGUGAAGGCGCUCUAUUCCAUUUACAGGAUUCGGGGCGGGGCCAGCAGGGCGCAGGCGCAAAGGGAAGCGGAAGUAGGAACUGGAGAAGAAAAGAGGAGAAGGGUUUGCACUGUUUCGCUGAGCCUGCCGUGACGUUCCUCCUCCUCCCGCGGGAAGAGGCGGGUGUCAGCGCUCGCCCAGGCUCCUCCCUUCCCCGCCCCCUGCCUGGGAGUCCCGGGCAGCUACCGUCUGUGCCAGCCGAGAUGGCGCUGGACCCCGCAGAUCAACAUCUGAGACAUGUUGAAAAAGAUGUUUUGAUCCCUAAAAUAAUGAGAGAAAAGGCCAAAGAGAGGUGUUCUGAACAAGUUCAAGAUUUUACCAAAUGUUGCAAAGACUCUGGACUCCUGAUGGUAAUAAAAUGUCGGAAAGAAAAUUCUGCAUUGAAAGAAUGUCUUACUGCUUACUAUAAUGAUCCAGCCUUUUAUGAAGAAUGCAAAAUGGAAUACCUGAAUGAAAGGGAAGAAUUCAGAAGAACUGGAAUUCCUAGCAAGAAAAGGCUACAGAAACUUCCGACAAGCAUGUAGCAAACAUUCAAAUGAGAGAAACACUCAUAUUCAUAGAAAUUAUCUGUGGUAUAAAUCAUGUGAAAUGAUGGAUUCACAAUAAGAAUGUAUGUUUCCUUUAAUUACAAAUAUUAAUUUUAUAUGAAAUAAAAGAUUUUUGUUGCAGAAUUUUGAUUUAUUAAAUAUGCAAAAAGAUUAAAUACUGAAAUGGAA